AUGAAGCCAACGGAUUUCCGUCAAAAUUGGAAGCCUUUUUUGUAUAAACUGAUUGGCUGGACUGGUGAAUCCGAUAUUGAAACAAGGAAAGCUUUAGCCCGUUUCGAUUAUCUGAACCAAUUAUUGCUUGUGAGUUUAUGUGGUGGACAAAAGCAAGAAUACGAUAAGCCAAUAACUCGAAAAGUAUGGAUAGCAAACUGGAUUGUUCGUAUUUCAGUAAUUUACACAAUGAUCCGAGCAAGUUUGUUCAUAUACUAUCAAGGAAAUUAUAAACUUGAUUUAUAUUUGGCUAAUACGAUCCCCGAAGAUGUACAGCCGAUGAAAACAGCCUUUUAUGUUUUGUUUGAUAUCAUUUUUUUCAUCCUCUUUGCUCUCCGAGAAUACAUUCAUUACAUUGAACGUGCUGGUUACCUGAUAUUCUUAAGAUUUUUCCUAAACAUUCGUAUUCAUGGUGUUUCUCAUGCACCUUUUAUGAUGAAUAAAAGAUGCUCACAGAAACUCAAUAAAGUAUGUCAUCUAUUCAUGAUAAAUGGGAUACGAAUCAUGAUUAUCAUGUGGACUUAUCUAGUAUCAUUAACAUUGACACUCCGUCUUUAUUUUCCAUCCACUUAUGCAACCAAAUUGCACAUCUUUUUCAUCAUUUUACAUGUUCCUAUUGAAACUGUUGCAAUAAUGACACUUUUCUCUGCUUUGGCUAAUAUUGGAAUAUAUUGUUGGACUUUAGCUUAUUUGGUUAGUUUAGGAAUGGAGAGCGCUAUUGACCAUAUUAAAUACUGUCUCAACAAACCUUCAUUAAGUCAAGUUGAACUCAAGCAGAUUAAUGAACGAGUGAUUCUGGUUUUCAAUUAUGUUGAUCAACUUAAUCGUCAAAUAAAUUAUUUGCUUCUCUUUCUCUUUGGACUGAUAGCAGUUGCAAGUGACCUUUCUUUGUUAUUUUCAUUGAUUUUCAAUCUUUUUCCAGAUUUCAUUUCUAAGAUGUGCACAAUUGGAGCAAUAACAAUCCAUUUUUUCCUCGUCAUUGGUAACUAUUGGGCAUCUCGUUAUUAUGUAAAAGUUCUAAGCGUACACGGAUAUUAUACGAAACUUAUAUUGAAUACACGAACGAUAUGUUCUGCUCGAUUCAAGGCUUUAGAGAUCCAAGAACGAAUCAAUUGGAACAAGACUGGCAUCGCAAUCGGAGAUUUUGGCUUCAUUGUUCCUCAGUUUGCUCUUAUUUUCAUUUUGGAAAACAUCAACUUCAUCAUGCUUUUAACAUGCAAUAUCAAUUCGCUGGUCUAGUACAUCAAAUUACAUCAACUUUAUUCCCUGAACUGGAUUGAUGCAUCUAUAUGCUCUCCAAAAGAUAUUGAUAUACCAUUGAAGACCAAUAUGGAUAAAUCAGCUGCCACCAAUUUUCGAUUUCGCCAUAUUAUCGCCUUUUUUCUAGAAAAAUUUGUAAUUUUUUCUAUUGGGUUUUGCAUUUUGCUAUUUUGAAAAUGAAAAUGAACGCACAAAUCCGUCUUAGAAGAGCAUACAAGUUUUUUCGAGAAAAGGCGAUAAAAUGGCGAAAUAGAAAAUUUGUGGCAGCUAAUUCUGUUAUAUUGGUCUUUGAGAAGGCUGAAUGUACCGAAAUCUAUCAAUAAAAAUUCGAAAUCGAUUUAACUCCCAGAAAGAGUGACUCCAUUUUAAGUUCAUCUUUUAGGUAGAAGCAGUAAAAAAUUGACAUUUAAUUGAUGAGAAACAUUUGCUCGUGCUUUCAGCUUCAAGAUUGGAUGAAUGGAGCGAAACUGGCAUCGCAAUUGGAGAUUUUGGCCAGAUUGCUCCUCAAUUUUCUCUUAUUAUGAGUUUUGCAUUGCGUUUACAUUAAUA